AUGGAUCCAAUUAAGGGUCACACUGACGGCGUCAACGUUGUCGAGUUUACACCUGAUGGGUCGCGUAUUGUCAGCGCCAGUCGUGACCGUACCAUACGUGUGUGGGACGCUCUCACAGGCCGCUCGCUUCGAGUUAUUGAGGGACACGACAGUCCCGUCCGCGCUCUCAGUAUAUCCCCUGACGGAUCGAAGCUAGCAACCGGAUCAGAAGACUAUACGGCGUGCGUUUGGGAUAUCGAAACAGGUUCUAUGGUAACAGGACCGUUCACGCAUGAUAACUUUGUGCUGUGUGUCUGCUGGUCGCCAGAUGGGUCAUGCAUACUCAGCGGAUCCGGCGACAAAACUGUGCGAGUAUGGAGUGUCAUCAGUGGAGAGCACUUGCUCAAAAUCGAGCAUGACGAUCCGAUUCGGUGUGUUCGGUAUGCGCCCGACGGUCAAACGUUUUUGAGCGCUGCAGCGGACAAGACCGUUCGGAUUUGGGAUACGGGCACCGGUGAACGUCUUCGGUUACUUGAGCAUGAGAGCCGAGUAAUAAGAGCUGCAUUCUCGCCGGAUGGAACACAGAUCGCAAGCGGAACGGAAGAAGGAUACAUUAGAGUUUGGGAUUCAAUGAGCGGAAAGCUACUGUUGGGAAAGGCACGUAAAUAUUUACAUCAUCGCCUCAAACUUUCUAAUUUUAUUAGGGGGCGGAGGAAGAUAACGAAGAAAUCGAAAUUGUUGAAGAAGUGGGAAGGGACACACAGCGAGAGGUAG